AUCGUUUUAGAGUGGAAGUAUAAUACAGACAGGAUUCCCUCGCGUACUCCGGAUUCAGCAACGAUUGAGGAGCUUAGAAAAACAAGACUCUACCCUCACCCAACGUCUUUAUUAUCAGUGUUCUUUCCAUCUUGACUUCUUCUUUCUCAACCAAACAAUAUCACCUCGAUCAUACACAUACAUCAAACCCAAACUUGAACGAACCCAAUCUCGCCCAUCAUGUCAUCUGUGGCAAAGGGCAACCCCAAGGACUCCAUGAAGUCCACCUGGCGCCGACAGGACAAGGCGACAUGGACACCAUUCCACUGGUUCUACCAGCUGUUGUACAUUCACCCAACACAUCUGGAUGUUCCUGUGCCCGUGCACAAGAAGACCGACAAGUUGGCCUACAACCCAGAGUGGAAUCUCCACGCAUGGAUCAUUAUCCACGCCGUCAUCCCAUACAUCUUGCACCAAGCUUACAUCAACUACACGGGCAAGAACCUGAACCCUGUGUUAGCGUUUGUUCUGUACUCGUUCUUCUUCAAGUUCAACACAAUCCAUCAGAUCCACUCGCUACGCACGGCAGGCCACAUGGUCGGCUUCCUCGACGGCGACGAGCACGAUCGCGACGGCGUGCCCGAUGUUGGCGUAGCCAAGGUCUUCUUCUCGCUCGUCAUUACCUCGACCGUGCGCCCGCUCUUCACCGUCUUCCUCAGCUACCGCACCAGCAUGACCCCAGCCGAUAUUAACUGGUACCUGCUACCCGUGCAGGUCGGCCUCUACGGCAUCAUCCUCGACUUUUGGUUCUACUGGUACCACCGCCUCAUGCAUGAGGUUGAGGCCCUCUGGAAGUUCCACCGCACGCACCACCUGACCAAGCACCCCAACCCACUGCUGACGCUCUACGCCGACGAGGAGCAGGAGAUUUGGGAUAUUGCAGUCAUUCCUCUGCUCACUUACUUCAGCAUGGCCGCCAUUGGUCUCCCCCUCGAUUUCUACGCGUGGUGGAUGUGCCACCAGUACGUUGUGUUUGCUGAGGUGGCCGGUCACAGUGGUCUGCGCGUCCAGACAUCGCCUCCUAACCCCUUUACCUUCAUUCUCAAGUGGUUCGGCGCCGAGCUCGUCGUGGAGGAUCACGAUCUGCACCACCGCAAGGGCUGGAAGGCCAGCGGCAACUACGGCAAGCAGACUCGCCUCUGGGAUCUCAUCUUCAACACUUGCAAGGACCGAAUUGAGGCUGUGGAUGACAAUGUUGAUUGGAACAAUCCCGUUUACAUGCCUCUUUGGUAAAUAAGAAUGAAAAAAGGAAAGGAAGUCAUAUGAAUGUGCGAUACGCAUUACGUGGGUGUUUUUUGUUUGCAAUAUCAUGGAUUAUCAUCAUAGAUUUUUUACGCUAUAUAUCCCCCUUGAAUUUUACUAUUUUCUCUAAACUAUGGUGUUGAAUUUUAUAUGCGCAAGUCUGUAUUGUUUUAUAGGAUAUUGAGUUGAUGGCUAUGUAAGUGGCCAACAUCAGCUCUCAUCUAUUUAGCGGAGCCGUGGCGCCGUUGAGCGUUUUGUGCGGAUUUACGUUUUCUCCCCCUUUCAUCAACC